GUGAGCUAGUGCCCGAGGAGUCAGUUUAGCGUUCAGAUUUGUUGUGUGGGGCAAGGAACUGUUCUGCAAUUAGCAGCUUGCCAACAUCAUACCCUUACCGCAUAUAAAUUUCACUUGUCUGUAAGGGCAAAUUUUUCCUGGCAAAAAUGGGUCGCCGCCCCGCCCGCUGCUACAGGCAGUCUAAGGGUAAGCCAUACCCUAAGUCCCGCUUCUGCCGUGGUGUGCCCGACCCCAAGAUCCGCAUCUACGAUGCGGGCAUGAAGAGGGCGGAUGUGGACACUUUCCCGUGCUGCGUCCACCUGGCCAGUUGGGAGAAGGAGAACGUGUCCAGCGAGGCACUGGAGGCUGCUCGUGUGGCUGCCAACAAGUACAUGGUCAAGAAUGCCGGCAAGGAAGCCUUCCACCUGCGUGUGCGCGUGCACCCCUUCCACGUGCUGCGCAUUAACAAGAUGCUUUCGUGCGCUGGAGCCGAUAGGCUCCAGACCGGUAUGCGUGGCGCCUUCGGCAAGCCCACGGGCACUUGCGCGCGUGUGCAGAUCGGCCAGGUGCUCAUGAGCAUCCGCUGCCGUGACCAGCAUGGCGCUGUGGCCGAGGAGGCGCUGCGCCGCGCCAAGUUCAAGUUCCCUGGCCGCCAGAAGAUCAUCAGGUCCAACAACUGGGGCUUCACCACCCUGACCCGCAAGGACUACAAGCUGUACCGUGAGGAGGGCCGCCUGAUUAACGAUGGCUCGCACGUCAAGCUGAUCAACCACAAGGGCCCACUGGCUGAGCGUGAGCCUGACCACAUCUUUGACUACCCUGCUCGCCUGCACCACAUCCCGCACCACAAGGUGGACUCCGAGUAGACGCUACCAUUCGCUGCAGUGCACGUCGACGUCUUGACUGCUGUUGACAAGUGAACUGCGGGUCAUGGUGGCGCAGCUCAUGCUGUGCACUAAGCCAACUUCCACGCCUGCUGCGGCGACUGGCUUCCGGGCCCGAUGUGCUGUUGGUGAAGGCGUUGGCUGUGUUUUCGGAGUUCCUGCCGGCGUGGGAGCUGCGUAAGCCCCGAGUGUGGUUGGAGCAGCAGCUGCGGCUGCUUGGGUCUGGUCCUCAGUCGCAUGGCUGACGCGGGCCGGGAGAGUUGGUGUCCCCAGGCGAUAUUGUAAGAAGGCGCGGGGAGGCUUAAUGAAUUCGUCUCACGCCCGCGCGCGAAAUCCGGUUUUGAGAUAUGGGAUCUGAGAUGAGUUCCAAAUAGUUGAACGUUUAUCGAAUGAAAAAACAUCUUACAUCUGCAAUGUCAGCCCCUAUGAACCGAAGGACGGGUCGGACGGUGAUCUCUGCAGAGACUUCUAAGCUUGACGUAUGGCAUUAAUCUCCCACGUGAACGUAGUGCAAACAAAAGGUGUGCAACAAAUCUCACCAUGCCGGAUACCUCGGAAGUCGCAGACAACUUGCUAUUUGUCAAGUAGCCAGCUGCUUACAAUGCCGUAAGCCUGCCCACGACUGACAUUAUAAUAGCGGUAUUUGACAUGGAAAUGGAAUUGCUGUUAGAGUCACUGCAUCCCGCACUCUUGGGAUUUGUAAGUGGCAUCACAAAUC